CCGCAGACGGAAGGGGGAGGAGGAGACUGUGUUGUCUGGGGCUCCUCCGUCUGUCUGCUACUGUAACCCCGCCCUCCCAUUGGCAAGCUCUUCUCUCUGUCUGAUGCCCACUUGUCUCCCCCCUCGGUCUGCUCGUCACGUCCGGUAGCCGAAGAAGGAGGCCGAGGACAGGAGCAGAGCAGCAGCUCCCGGGGGAGCCGUCAGACACAAAGAGGCCGCUGUAUGACCGAGGCCUGGGCCUGCCAACCAGACAGGACCAUGGAUUUUCCUGGGCAUUUUGAACAAACGUUCCAGCAGUUGAACUAUCAGAGGCUCCAAGGGCAGCUCUGCGACUGUGUGAUUGUGGUCGGCAGUCGUCAUUUCAAAGCUCACCGCUCUGUGCUAGCUGCCUGCAGCACUCAUUUCAGAGCCCUCUUUACAGUCGCCGAGGGGGACCAGAGCAUGAACAUGAUUCAGUUGGACAGCGAGGUGGUGACCUCCGAAGCCUUUGCUGCCCUCAUUGAUAUGAUGUAUACAUCAACGCUCAUGCUUGGAGAGAGCAAUGUUAUGGAUGUCUUACUUGCAGCGUCUCACCUGCAUUUAAAUUCGGUAGUGAAAGCGUGUAAGCAUUAUCUCACCACAAGGACACUGCCCAUGUCUCCCAAUGAUAGAGCUCAAGAGCAGAGUGCUCGCAUGCAGAGAUCGUUCAUGCUUCAGCAAUUAGGACUAAGCAUAGUGAGCUCUGCUCUGAAUUCAAAUCAGAGUAACGAGGAACAGUCACAGCAGCAACAUAACUCGGUUCGAAACAGUAUGGUGGAGCAAAGGGCCACAUUCCCAAUAAGGAGGCUUCACAAAAGGAAACAGUCAUCUGAGGAAAGGGCUAGGCAACGAAUGAGGACCUCUCUGGAUGAAUGUCUCAUAACGGACGUUACUCCUGAAAGUGUUCAGUCGAUGGUUAAUUCUCGUGAAGAGUAUUUCUCUCCCGAUUCCAUCAAAAUUGUAGACAACUUAAAAUCUGAUUCUGCUCCAGAAAACCAAGAGGAUGCCACAAUAAUAUUUGAUCAGUCGUACAAUAGUCAAGAAGAUACUCAAGUGCCCAGCCAAUCUGACAACGGCGGCGAAAAUAUUUCACAUAUCUCUAUGGGAUCCCAGACAAACACAGCUGAAGCUAGUUAUGUACAGGAAAAUGCCUGUGAUAAAAAUAUGUACUCUUCUGAAACUCAUGAGAUAACUGUGGAUGGAAAAGAUCACAUGCGAGUGAUUGUCAAAUCUGAGCCUUUGAGCUCCCCUGAACCUCAGGAUGAGGUGAGCGAUGUCACCUCGCAAGCAGAGGGCAGCGAGCCUGUUGAAGUAGAGGGUGUUGCAGGUGGGGAAAAAAUUGAACUGAGCCCAGAAAGCAGUGAUCGUAGCUUUUCCGACCCCCAGUCUAGUACGGAUAGAGUUGGCGAUAUUCACAUAUUAGAUGUGACUCCCAACAUGGAGCACAAAUCCUCCUUCAGUAUUUCUAACUUUCUGAACAAAAAUAGAAAUGGAAGUGCGAGCUUAAGCCAAAAUGACGACAACAUUCCAAAUACGACCAGUGACUGCAGGAUGGAUGGCGAGGUGUCCUACUUGGUGAGCCCUGAGUCGGGGCAGAACAGUCAUUCGUCUGGUGUCAUGUCUCACUUAGAAAACCCCUUCAGUGACGGUCCAGAUUCUCAUUUUGCUCGUCCUAUGCAGGACGUAAUGUCUAUACCUUGCACCCAAUCAUCGAACUACAGAGGAAACGAUCCAUUUGGAAUGGACUUCCCCAGGUCUGGCUUAGGGCUUCAUUCUAUGUCCAGAUCCAUCAUGGGAAACGCAAGAGGCAGAGCUUGCAGCUUCCCAAAUUAUCGCCGCAUAGCCCCAAAAAUGCCUAUUGUGACUUCUGUACGGAGUGCCCAGCUACAGGAUAGCGCCUCUUCUCAACUCCUCAUGAACGGGACAAGUUCUUAUGACAACGGUCAUUCAUCGCAGCAGGGUCCACCCCAGCUGACAAGGGCGUCCGCGGAUGUUCUUUCAAAGUGCAAGAAAGCUUUAUCUGAGCACAAUGUGUUGGUUGUGGAAGGUGCCCGCAAGUAUGCUUGUAAAAUAUGCUGUAAGACAUUUCUCACUCUAACAGACUGUAAGAAGCAUAUCCGAGUACAUACAGGUGAAAAACCCUAUGCCUGCUUGAAAUGUGGAAAGAGGUUUAGUCAGUCUAGUCACUUGUACAAGCAUUCCAAAACUACUUGCCUUAGGUGGCAAAACAGCAAUCUUCCUACAACCUUACUUUAAGUUUUAACAACACCCCAGGAAAAAAAAAAAAAAAGAAUAAGAAUUCUCAAUGACCGGGUAUCUGAUCUAUGAGUUAUCUGAGCAAAGGAUUGGAAGGCAAAGACUGUGUCUAAGCGAUCCAGGUGACUUUUAGUCAAGAUGUUGUUGUCUUAGGGGAAAACCCUAUCAAUAAGUGUUUAACCUCUUUCUGUAUGAGGUAUAAUUAAAAUACCUAAUUUCUGUGUUCAUGAAAAAAAACAGUAAUUAAGAAACCAAACCUAAAACAUUUUAACAGCUUUGUCUGUACAGAUGUGGAAACCCUCAUACAAACGCUGAAAGGCAUAUAUUAUUAUUUUUUUUAAAACCUCUGGUAAGUAUUGUCAGCACCCCAAUUCCCUAACUAAAUUAUUGCCCUUUUAUUAAUGGAAGAUAUUUAAAAGCUACCAAUAAAGUAACCUUCAUUGCCAGUGCACUUGUUUACUGUUGUAAAAGCCCAACUGUAAUAACAUUUCUUUAUUAUCUAUUUUUUUUAUAUACAGUCCAUCAGCAAAUUUAUAGUGCUUUAAUUGUUUACUAUUGGCUGUAAACGGUCCCAGAAACAUGCUUAUUUAAAGCGAGCCAAAUAUUUAUAUGUGCAUAUAAUAUAAUAUGCAUAUUAUAUGAUUAGAAUGUCUACCAAUCUGUGACUGGUUAUAAAUCAUAUUGUAUAUAGCAUUUGUCUUCUACAUACCUAGUAGUAUUUCAACCAUGACUAGUAAAGCUGUUUAAUUUCAAUCGCAGUAUGCACUUGUGUUCAAUAAAUACACAUUCUAUGUAUUUAUGUAUUGCCCUCAUAAUGUGUAUUUUUUUUUAUGCUGAUGAGUGUGUUAGAAUGUAUUAAACGGCCAACCGUCUUGUGGCUA